AUGGAGGCUCGAAUUCUAUACCGGAUUCUAAUUCUGCUCUUUUUAAGCCUCGUGGUCGAAUCAAGAGCAAGAGUAGUCAACGGUACCGUACCGACAGCCAAAACACUUAACGGCACAUAUGAGGGCGUCCGUUUACCAGACUGGGACCAAGAUGCUUUCCUAGGGAUCCCCUUCGCCCAGCCACCUGUAGGGCAGCUGAGAUUUAGGUGGCCACAGUCUAUCAACGAGUCGUUCAGUGGCGUGAAGAACGCGACACAGUACGGGUGCAGCUGCAUGCAAUAUGGACAGAGUUUCGCCCUCUCGGAAGAUUGCCUGACCAUCAAUGUGGUCCGGCCAGCAGGGACCCCGAGCCAGCCGCUUCCCGUGCUUGUCUGGAUCUACGGCGGCGGACUAUCCACGGGCAGCACUGCCGACCAGAGGUACAAUCUCUCAGGCAUCGUCCAGGUCGGCCAGGAGACGGGCCAACCGGUGCUCGCUGUCAGUAUGAACUACCGGUUAGCGAUGUGGGGGUUUCUCCAGACAGCACAACUACUGGCCGAGGGUUCCAGCAACGCAGGUCUGCUCGACCAGCGGCUAGCCCUCCAAUGGGUCCAAGAGAACAUCGCAGCCUUCGGUGGUGACCCGAGCAAUGUCGUACUGUGGGGUGAGAGCGCCGGCGCCCAAAGUAUUGCUUAUCAUUUGUUCAGCUACGAUGGGCGGGAUGACGGGCUGUAUCGUGGGGCGAUCAUGGAAAGCGGCGGGCCGACGGGCGCCCAGGUCGAAUCUCUCAGCUGGUAUAAUACCGCAGUCGAGAACUUGACUCGAACGAUCGGGUGCUGGGACGCCUCGGACCAGCUUGCCUGUCUGCGGGAAGUCGACAGCGCUUCGCUCUUCGCCGCGCACCCAAGCGUGGUCUGGAAUCCAUUACUCGACGGGGACUUCCUGACUGGCUACCCGAGUCAGCUGAUGGCGCAGGACAAGUACGUCAAGGUACCGCUCCUGAUAGGAGCAAAUACGGACGAGGGCUUUGCCAUCUCCGGCACCCCGAACACGGAGGAGGACAUUUUCAACUCGAUCUUCACAUGGCGCAGCUAUUCCCUCACGCCGCCGACCGUCCGCAAGCUUCUCGAACUUUACCCCGACGACCCAUGUUACGAGCCGCCGUAUGCCAUCACCAAUUGCACAAGGGAUGCCGCCCGUGGACUGAUGUGGCGUCGGGCUGCGGCCAUAGGGUCCGACCUGGUCAUGAUCUCAGGCCGGCGGCGGAUGGCGGAACUGUACACGCAGGCCGGAAUGCCGGUAUACAGCUACCGGUUUGACCAGAGACCUUGGAAUGGGUCCGAGUGGGACGGCGUAAAGCACUUCGUCAACGUGGCGUACAGUUUCCAGAACAUCUCGGGAGAGCUAGGCCCCAGUCCGGAGUUUGAUAGUCACGCCAAGCUGGCCAAGGCCAUCGGACAGGCUUACAUCGGUUUCGUGAACCACCUGGACCCGAACGAGGUCGCCGCGGCGGGUGCGAGGAGGGACGUGGAGGCCUUGCUGCCCGGUUGGCCUGUUUAUGAUCUCGAGGUGCCGACGAAUAUGGUGUUGAAUGCUACCGAGAACUGGGUUGAGGAGGACACGUGGAGGAAGGAAGGUAUCGCGUUCAUGAUGACUCCUGAAGUGGAGAAGGAGUUGCUGUCUUGA